UUUAAAGGUGUGUGCGCGCGCCUACAGAACCUGUUUAAGAUACGGGUAUUUUAGGCACAAAAGCAAUUUUCAAAGAACUGGUAUGGCGACCAUUGCUGUCAUGGAUAUUUUGCUUUGUCUUUCACUGGUUUUAAUAUUAAUUGGAAUUGCACGCGGCGACUGCGAUAGGAAUGUUGGCCCCGCGGGUUCAAAUGAAUGCGUUCUGCUUGAACCUUACUACAGCAAGUACCAGUGGGCAACGUGUCUUACUGACCAGUAUAUUAGGACGUACUCAAAGGGAGCCCACCAGUGUAGGGACACCUCUAGGACAUACUGUUGGUAUCAGUGUAUGGUAGAAGUACAUAGUCUUGGCGAAGGGCCUGUUUAUGACGGCUGUGCAUGCGGAGCAGACGCCCCAAGAAAUGUUACAACACAGCCGACCGUUGUGACCUCAGCCAUCCCGGAUUGGUGUUUCAGUCCAUCUGGAACAGAAUGCAGCUGGUACAGGGAUUGUCUCGAGAAAAGAUAUCCGUGUGAGGAACAGGGCAGUUCCUAUGCAUUAGAUUAUGCAGAGAAGUUUUGCAAUUUGUAUCAAAUCCAUUAUUCAGAAUUUAACUACAAAGGACAGCAAUGGAUCGAUGCAGUUAGGAAAUGCCUACAAGUUAAACUUGUGCCCAUCCUUAGACCAUUUGUAAAGGCGACAUGCGAAGGAAUCAAACAAACUGCAUUUGAUUCUCAUUCUGGUUGUUACCUCCAUCCUGACGAAGGUAAGCCAUCUAUUUGUGAUAUAGGUUUCGCAAACUGGGCACGAGUAUUUUGGACUGUUAAAAGCGCAGUAAUUCAAGAUGCCAGAGUGGCCUUUAAACAGAUGUUAGAUGUUGUACAGGCGUGUGGUUCUGAAAUACUGAACAAAGGGAUGGAACUUAUAAAACUGAAAUUCAAGCAGACGACAGAUAAAAUACAAAGAAGUUUGGAUGAAAUUGCGGAAAAAGUUUCAAAUUUGAUAUCAGAAAAAAUGAACUGGUUUAAAAGAGGGAUUAUGCAUUUUGGAUACCCGGUUCAGGGGAGACCAAAUCGUAACAAACGCGACACUGACAACGACACUGAUAACAACUUUUACAUCAACAUACUGAUAGCUGCAAGAUCGGAAUUUGAUCUGAACGCCGAAAACAACCCUGUCGCAAAUAUAUCAGCUGAGGCGAUCGACGUUGCUAAAGCGAUAGAAAACGGUGAUGUGCGAGUCAAGAUGGAAGAUGGAUUGGAAUUUACGGAACUGAGUGUUUGCUCUAACUACAAUUGCACUGAAACCUCUCUACAAGUUACCCCAGCUCCACCGGAGGAGAUAGAAAAUGGCGGUAUUCGUUUAACCACCGUUAUCAUUAUUGUAGUCGUGGCGACAUUUGGUGUAGUCCUUGUGGUACUGGCCGUAGUUGUGCUGCGAAAACUGCGCAAGUGUUAAUUUUUCUUCCACAUUUAAGAAGGCAUUGAUGAUUUUUUUCAUCGUCGGGAUGUACCGAAUGCAAGACGUCUGUGGCAGGAAAACAAACUAAUAAUUUGAGGAAAUUUUAGAAAGUGUGAUUAUAUAUUUAAAUUUUGUGAGUUGUGCGCGUAUGUGGACUUGAAGUCGAUGUUCUGCCAGGCCGUCAGGAGUUGUCGACACUAUGGAGACGGACUAUUUGUGCGCGUAUGUUGACUCGAAGUCGACAUUUUGCCAUGUCUUAAAAAACUGUAGAGACUGAUGUUGACACUAUGCUGACACUGUGGGGGAAGGAUUAUUUGAAUUUUUUAUUUGUAAGUUGCGUGCGUAUGUGGACUCGAUAUCGACGUUCUGUCACGUCUUGAAAAGUUGUUGACACUUCGGUGACGGACAAUUUCAGUUUUAUAUUUGUGUGUUGUGCCCUUAUAUAAACUUAAAAUCGAAUAGUUGUCACAUAAUCUCUUGGGCUGUUUAUUCUAAAUCUUACAAGUUAUGGACCGCAUGUACUGUCAUGUACAAGACAAAGAGCUGAAUAAACACCGCAUUUCGAGGUCCAAAAGCUUCACUUCAUGUUUUAGAAUUUUUUAACAAGAUAAACAUGAAUGCAUUUCUAAAAUGUACACUGAAACUGGAGUGCAGAUACCAAAUGUAAGAAUAAGUGAUACUGCUUUACUAUAAAUUGAUUGUACAACUAUAAAUCACUAGUACGUUUAAUCUAAAACAGCCAGAGGUUGUUCUUUUGUUUGUAGGGAUGCGCUGUAUUCAUUAUCGAUUAAAAUUGUGUUGAUUGCAGUAAGUACAAGUAUCAGAGGACUGUUUGAAAAAUUCAGCAGUUACGUAAUUUUUAUCAAAUAGUAAUAAAUGUAUGUACUAAGUGCUACACAAAGUCACGAUAUCAAAGUCACAAUACUAAUCCCCAAUGAUAACGCGAUUCCCGCCGAAACGCGAGGACGAGUCUAUUUCAUGAUAACUGACGAAAUGAUAAUUCAUAAUGGUUACCUUUACUUGACAAUUAAAUAUUGGUAUUUCUUUCAUUUUAAAUAGUUAUUAUGUAUAUGGCAAUAUAGCUCAGUUGGGUAAACUGCAGACAUCAUUUGGAUGUAAGUCGUUUUGUGGGUUCGAAUCUUCAUAAGUUCUUUUUCAGAUUUGUUUUUUUAUCUAUUCGUUUUCAUUUUUAUUUCAUUACUUUUGUUUGUUUCUUUCUUUCUUUGAUGGUUUGAAUUUGUAUAUAUGUCUUUAUAUAACACAAUAGCAUGUUCAUUAUUUGCAUGACUUGAGUGCAUGCAUUUAAUCUAUCAUCUUUGAUAUAUAAUAAACUUUUCUGAUCUGCCAUAUCGACUUUAGAUACCUCUCUGUCGUAUUGUCACAGAGCUCAUGAAGGAAACCUAAUUUUUAUGCAAAAGUGAAAUAAAAAUUAAUUCUCAAUACUGAGUUUCGAACCCACACGGCAAAAGAUCUAUUGACCAUGGACAUCAUGCUUUACCACUGAGCUAAUUUGUAAUUUGAACAAAAUCCGGAAAUAUUUAGAUUGUAACAUGCUAGAAAAAUGCUGAAUUCCCUAUGUUCCAUUUUAAUCUAUUUAUAGUCAUGUUUGUAAAUAUCAAGUUAUCGUUGGGGCAUAGUACCUGUCCCAAUUUGAUUUAUAUAUAUUGUUUUGCAAGAAUGUCCUUGAAUCCGUUCUAUCCGAUUUGUUUUUAAGCUAUUUUAUCGAUCACAUUCGCAGCGCCCUUUCAUAUACAAUUGAAGUUAUUUAGGCUACACGUAAGCGGAUACCGAGACAAAAGCGAUUUUUAUUUGUUUUGUGUUGCUGUCAGAGUUACUGUAAUAAACAUGUCAUGUUUAUAAUAUGUUUUAAAUUCUUAACUGCUGUUGAGGCGAUUCUAAACUAUACAAUUAUAAUUAUUUCAUUUCCCGUAAAGAAUGCGUACACAUUUCAACUAUGUUUUAGGAUCUUGAACACUGUGUGUGUGUUUUUUUUUAAAGAAUAAAAACGUCCGCAUGUU